AAAAAAUAUAUUCGAUUUCAUUGCGUACACAUUUAUUUUGCUAAACAAACCUUUUCAUAUUACGAAUUUGCUUAUGAAAAAUAAACGAUUUAUCAAAAAUUAGUGCAACUUAUUAAGAGAAAAUAAUGUCUGACAUGCUGGUUGAAGUAAAAAAAUUGGAGCCGCGCGCGAUUUUCGGUGCUAACGGCAAGGUCGAAAACGGUUUUCAAUUGCAUCCGGAUAAGGUGAGUAUGAUUUACCCACUGGGCAAUAAAAUUGGCAUUGCCAAUACGUUAAACAACAAACAGGAGUUCCUAAGCGGGCAUACACAUUCCGUUUCUUGUCUGACAAUCAGCAAAAGUGGCCAAUAUUUGGCAUCUGGUCAACGAAAUCACAUGGGAUUUCCAGCUUAUGUGAUUUUGUGGGAUUUCGCAAAACGUGAGCAAUUGACUCGACAUGAUCUGCACAAGGUGUUGGUGCAAUCGAUUGCAUUUACGGCAGAUGAGAAGUGUUUAGUAUCUGUCGGUGGAAGGGAUGAUGGCACCGCAAUUGUCUUGGACACCGAUGCGCGUACACCGAUCUGUCAAGCUCCGGCGUCUCGCUCAAUAUCCGGCUUCGGGCUCACUGUCUGCUCGCUACAUAACAGUCCAUCUCAUUUCAUUGUCGCUGGUGAUCGGCACUUGCGUAUGUGGAGCAUUCAGCGCGAACAGAAGAAACUCCAUGUCCAAGAUGUGCAUGUUGGCAAAGUUCAGCGAAUCUAUACGGGUAUGCAGGUCGACACAAACGAUCAAUACCUGUAUCUAGGCACAAUGACGGGUGAUAUUGUGAAGGUCGUACUCAACUGCUGUGAUCCUGUCAAUGUUACUCAAACUGGUAUGAUGGCGGCGAUGAUAGGUGCUUUUGGAAAGCAUAAUCCCCGCAAACCGUACGGCAAAGACUGUGAACGUUUUGUGAAUGGGGUACGCCAUUUGUAUAUUGUAAAGAAGGGUCUGCUUUUGGUAGGUGCCGGCGAUGGCACCUUGGAAUUGGUGGAGGAGCGAAAGGACGUCACUCUUGAAAUGAUGAAGGAUUAUCCAAGUCCAACUUGGCCAAUAUUUCGCACGCUCAAGCGCGCCAUUGUAAAUGCAGCCGUAACAUCUUUGGUGAAUAUUAAUGGUAACGAGUUCUUCGUUUCAACUGACCAAAAUGAAAUAUGGUUUUUGAAUAUUGCAAAAUUUUCAUGUAAAUUGUUAAAGACAUGCCAUCGAAAGCCAGUAAAUCAAAUUGUAUUUCCAAAGAACUUAUCCACUAUUUUUGCCUCUGCUGGCUAUCAGAGCAUACGAAUUUGGUCGAUUGGACGUUUGCAGGAACUCUUGCGUAUUAUGGUCUACAACUUCAAGUGUGUCUCUUUGCAAUUCACCAAUGAUGGCAGCAGUAUUGUAUCAGCGUGGAAUGAUGGUGUUAUACGCGCAUUUACACCCAUCACAGGUCGUUUGAUUUACGCCAUACCAAAUGCCCAUAAUAAAGGAUGCAGCGCAUUAAGAAUUUCAUCGACUGGCCGUUUGCUCGUUACCGGCGGCGUUGAGGGACAAGUGCGUGUUUGGAAAAUUGAACCGUUUCGUCAAAGUUUGCUUGGUGUCUUAAAGGAUCAUUCUGGCCAGAUAUCUUCGCUUGACUUUAAUAAUUUGGAUACAGAGGUUAUAUCAGCUUGUGUUGAUGGUUCCUGCGUUAUUUGGGAUGUAAAUCGCAUGACCCGCAAAUUUGUCAUUACCUCCAACACACAAUUUAUGUGUGCUCGCUACUUUCCAACUGGUGUUCAAUUGCUCACAUGUGGAUCUGAUGGACGCAUUAGUUAUUGGAUGGUUUAUAACGGUAGUCUUAUACGUGAAUUACAUGGCACGAAAAAGAACUCCAUCAAUUAUUUGGAUAUCAAUGCAACCGGUGAUUACUUUCUCACAGUGUCAAGCGAUCAAACUGUUAAGGUGUGGGAUUAUAAUCGUGGAACAAUUGUUUGUGCCGGCUACGAGCACUCAUCGCCUGUGAUGAGCUGUGCAUUUAGCCCGAAUGGUCGAUUGUGUAUCACUGGCAGCAUUGAUGGUUCAAUUAUCAUUUGGGAUGUACCGGAGGAAUUUUGGGGUAAGCCCAAUCCUCCUCCCCAACUAGCCACGUCAGAAGUUGUUACGAAAUCGGGAACACAACGUGCUUCAGCCAGUUCCAGGAGCUCUAAGGAAGAAAAAAUUGACGAUCUCUUGAAAAGUUCGCCAAAGGACAAUGUUGCCUGCGUUGAAUGCCCACCAGUUAAUAUGAAGCAGCAGCCGGAUAUCAAUUGUGAUUAUAUACCGGAUAUAAAAAAAUGUUAAUUUAUUUCAUACUUUUGAUAAACAUUUCGAAAAAAUAUUUUAUAUACAUAUAUUGGACAUAAAAUAAAACUCUUAAUCGUCUUCGUAGCCUGA